UUUGCCUUCCCUUCUUCUGUUCCAUCUUGUAUGCUCUCAGCUCAGCAAAGCACUACUCUUGCAGAAGAGUGUAGCAUAUGUAGGAAGACUUCAGCAAGAACGCCGACAAAAUCAGGAAAUGGCAGAAAGACUGCGUGGAGAAAUUGAAGAGUUGAGCACUGCCAUUGAUAAAUUCCAGCGCCAACUUCCACCUAAUGGAGCUCCUGUAUUACCUCCACAAUCAAAUCAGGCUUCUGAAUUCUAUGAAGAAUAUGUACGUCAGCGCACAUUAGAGGACUGGCGUUUUUGGAUUUUCAGUGUUAUAAUUAAGCCACUGUUUGAGAGCUAUACUACAACGGUGAACACAGGCAACAUCAAGGAUUUCUGCCAAUCGGUGAUGAACUGGUUGGAGCAACACUGCACAUUACCCAUCUUGCGGCCUGCUAUCUCUGGCUCCCUUCUGCAGCUGAGCAAAAUCACGUCAAUAUUGACUCAGCCAAGCCAUCUGCCUGGACAAGCUCUACGAGCAGUAUCUUCUCCACAGUGCAAGAGCAACAACUAGGAUGAAAAUCUGUCUUCCUUCCCCCAGAUGUUGCUAGGAAUCCAUAAGAACUUCUAACUCAGGAAAUCCCUUUAUCAUGCAAAUAAGGACAUUGUAACAAUAUUGGUGCUAGGUAUUCCAUAGCAGGGACUUUCUGGGGGCUACCUUUGGUGCUGGUCAUCACAGCAGAGCAGUGGAAGAGUAGAGGGAACAGGACAAGGUACGGAAUUGGAGUACCUCUUAGAUUGUAGAAAGAAGUCAUCAGGCAUGGCUUUAGAUCAGGGGUGUCAAACUGGCGGCCUGUGGGCUGGAUGUGUCACAUGCAGGCCAUGCCCACCCCAGCUCCACAAAGGGAAAAAAACGUCGGGAAAUGUCAUGUGACAGCAAUGUGACGCCAUGAGUUUGACACCCGUGCUUUAGAUUUUUUUUAUAGAACUGGGAAGAGUGUGGGUCUUCAUUUCCACAGUUUUCCCACCAGAGGUCAGUAAAGAUACUUAGCAUGAUUCAGUUUCUCACACAAUGUGAAAACUUAUGGCUAGCAGUCCCUAGUGCGAGUGCAUAAUUAUAGGUAGUCCUUAAUUUACAAUCAUUCAUUUAGUGACCCCACGAAGUUGCAACAAUAGUGAAAUUUAUGAUCAUUUUUCACAUGGCCAUUGCAGCAUCCCCAUGGUCACGUGAACAGAAUUCAGCCACUUGGCAACUGGCUCCUAUUUAUAGCGGUUACAG